GACGCCAAAUGAAGUCUAUUCAACUCUGCUAGCGGGACAAGCUGACUUACUUUGCAAGAAAGACUUACAGCAGCCGUCACUCCAUAAAUGCGCACCAUCCGCCCGCCUGCACACAGCCGAGGCGCACCACUUGGCUGCUUUACGCACGACGCAGCUCCGGCUUUGCCUGAACCGAAACUUUCUACAGCUGCUGUUUUCAUGAAGAGCGUCCAGCUUUCACCAAGGAAUUAAGGGAGACUACUUUUUUUUAUUGCUUUUCUUAAAAAUCAUCGAGGAUGCCUCGUCCUGGGAGAAACACGUACAGCGACCAGAAGCCACCGUACUCCUACAUCUCCCUCACCGCCAUGGCGAUCCAGAGCUGCCCGGAGAAAAUGCUGCCACUCAGUGAAAUUUACAAGUUCAUCAUGGAUAGAUUCCCUUACUACAGGGAAAACACCCAGCGAUGGCAGAACUCCCUCAGACACAACCUGUCCUUUAACGACUGCUUCAUCAAAAUCCCCCGGCGCCCGGACCAGCCAGGUAAGGGAAGUUUCUGGGCACUGCACCCCAGCUGCGGGGACAUGUUUGAGAAUGGAAGUUUCUUGAGACGCCGCAAAAGGUUCAAACUGUUGGGUGUGUCCGAUCACCUGGCCCCCAGUAAGCAGUCGGAGGCUGCCCAUUACCUCCAGCAGCAAGCCAAGCUGAGGCUCAGCGCCCUGGCAGCCACUGGCACACACCUGCCCCAGAUGUCAUCCUACAACCUCGGAGUGUCCCAGACGUCAACUUUUAAACACCCGUUCGCCAUCGAGAACAUCAUCGCCAGAGAGUACAAGGUCCCGGGGAGCCUGGCGUUCUCCACCAUGCAGUCCAUGUCCGCCGGGUACCCGCUGCACAACCAGCUGACGACAGCCUGGCCCCACAUGUACAACACCAGCAUGAUUGACACGUCGGCCCCGAUCUCCAUGGCGGGCGGCGACUACACAGCCUACGGCAUGCCCAUCAAGUCCCUGUGUCACGGGGGACAGUCGUUACCGGCCAUCCCGGUGCCAAUCAAGCCCACCCCGACCAGCAUGGCCGGCUUCUCGGUGCUACCGCCACACAUCCCCGCGUUUCUAUCAAACUCUCCGCAGUCUCUGAGCCCGACGUCUCCACAGACCGCGACGAGCCAAAGCAGCCCCGCGACACCGAGCGAGACUCUGACGAGCCCGUCCACACUGCAGUCUGUGGCUGUGCACUGACCGCAUGCGCCCGGACACUGAACGAACUGCCGACCGGCUCCCGGGCCCCUCUACCAAACCCAAAGUUUAUAUUUUCUGUCGUCUGAAACUAUCAAGGCGAGUUGCAGUUGCAUAUUGAUUUAUUUGUGUAUGUGUUGAAUGUGCGCUUUAAACGUGUGUCAUACGGAGUCCAGCACAGAAUCGCACAGCGAAGUAUUUGCUCUUGAAAAUAUAAAUUAUUUGAUGAUUCUAUUUUUCAGUUGAUUGUGAAACGUGAGUGUUGAAAGUGGAGCCACCGAGGGGACUUUGUGUCGGGCACCAUCCAUUCUGAUUACAGUUCCCGUGGCAAUUUCUUUAUUCUGUUUUAUCUAACAGCAAAACUUUUGCACCGUUUCUGUGUGACCACUGUAAUGUCAAUGAAACUGUUGUUUGCUUUUACUACUGGAAUGAUGGCUAAGGGAAAUACCAAAUAGGAGUAGGAUUUAGAUUUGUUCUUGCCAUCCCUGUACAAAAAAAAUAGAAAGCAAACGGAAUUAUCAAACCUUUUCAAAAUCGAAAAGAAUUAUUGUGAGACGUCCUCAAAAUGCAAGAUGUGAAUAUUGCAAAUAAGUGAUUCCGAAAUGUUGUAAAAUGCACUUUUUAGUUUUACGUUUUAGAUAUCUAUUUUCCAGAAAAUGUUCUGUGAAGCAUUUAAUUUAAAAGGCUGUGGUGACCACGUGUUUCAGAUGCUGUACAUUUGUACUUUUUUUUUAGGUAAAGCAUGCAUUCUAAAAAAAAAUUGUGUUGUUAUACUGAUGUUGUUAUUGAUGUUGUUUUGUUUUUUUUGCAAGCAUGCGUGCUUUCGAAAAGUGUGCAAACAGUCUGCAUUUAUGAAUUGGAAAAAAAAUGGUCAUCGAAAUAUUUUCUCAUUAAAAGUGAAUCAAACAAUCAAAAAUGCUUCUGAAGAUU